AAUUACUAUGAACUCUUCAACAAUGUCAUGGCUGACGCGCGGCGGCAUAAACCUGCAAGUUAAUUAAAAAGGAAGCAGCAGAACAGCGAAGACUCAAAAAUCAUGAGCUGGUGGUGGGCUGGAGCUAUUGGCGCUGCCAAGAAAAAGUAUGAAGAAGUAGAAGCGCCACGAACACCAAAGAGCGUGGGGUUAGUGAUCGGUGUGACAGGCCAAGUGGGCAACAGCCUGGCCGAAAUCCUACCAGUCUCAGACACACCCGGCGGUCCAUGGAAGGUCUACGGCGUCGCGCGCCGUCCCCGGCCAAACUGGGACAUCAACUACCCGGUAGAGUACGUCCGGUGCGACAUCUCCGACGCCGAAGACGUCAAAACCAAGCUUUCUCCGUUGACUGACGUCACCCACAUCUUCUACGUCACCUGGACGAGCCGGUCCUCCGAGGCCGAGAAUUGCUCCGUCAACGGCGCCAUGCUGCGCAACGUUUUGAGCUCCGUCAUCCCGAACGCGCCGAAUCUCCUCCACGUGUGCCUCCUCACCGGGACCAAGCACUACGACGGGCCGUUCGACGCGUACGGAAAGGUCCAGAUGCACGACGCGCCAUCGACGGAAGAUCUGCCAAGGUUGAAUGUCCCUCUCUUCUAUUACACUCUGGAGGACGUGUUGUAUGAAGAGGCGGGGAAGAACGAAAACGUGACCUGGUCCGUUCACCGACCGGGACUCAUAUUCGGGUUGUCGCCUUAUAGCAUGAGCAGUACAGUGAGCAUGAUGUGCUCGUACGCCGCCAUAUGCAAGCAAGAGGGGUUGCCGUUGAGGUUUCCGGGGAGGAGAGAGGGUUGGGAAUCGUAUUCGGAGGCUUCGGAUGCGGAUCUGAUAGCGGAGCAGCAAAUCUGGGCGGCGGUUGACCCGUACGCGCGGAACGAAGCGUUUAACAUCAACAACGGGGACGUGUUCAAGUGGAAGCAUAUGUGGAAGGUGUUGGCGGAGCAGUAUGACAUUGAGGAGUAUGGCUUUGAUGAGGGUUUCAGCUUGGUGGAGAUGAUGAAGGAUAAGGGUGGCGUGUGGGAUGAGAUAGUGAGGGAGAAUCAGCUGCGGCCGACGAAGUUGGAGGAGGUGGGGAUGUGGGAGCUUGUGGAGAUUGUGUUGGGUGGAGGAGCCGAGUUGUCUAGCAUGAACAAGAGUAAGGAGCAUGGGUUUGUGGGAUUCAGAAACUCUAGGAAUUCCUUCGUUGCUUGGAUUGAUAAAGCAAAGGCUUAUAAGAUUGUGCCUUGAUGGAAUUGAUUUCUUAUGUUUCUUACUGGUAUGUGAUCAAAUAUCCACUUUCAAGAGCUGGUUGAAGACUUGAAAUGUAGAAAAGAAGAUACUAUAUAUCCCAUUUGCUCACUUUGGUCACUGUGUCUCGUUUAAAAGUGUAGAGAGUGUCCACAUAUAUAAGAAUGAAAUGAAAUUCGUUUAAUAAAGUUGGAGGAGCUUAUUUAUUAUGUGACUAAUUCAUUUUUUAUGAUUCACUUAAAACUUUAAAAGUUUAAGAGAGUUUUUAAA